AUGACCGUAAAGCGAAGAAACAACGAACGUAGCAAGAAGGGCCGAGGGCAUGUCAGGUAUGUGCGCUGCACAAACUGUGCCAGGUGUGUGCCCAAGGACAAGGCCAUACAGAAAUUUGACAUCAGAAUCAUUGUGGAAGCAGCAGCCGUCAGGGAUAUUCCUGACGCCAGCGUUGAUGAAAUCUACGCCCUGCCCAAGCUGUAUGCGGAGCUGCUCUACUGUGUCUCCUGUACCAUCCACUCAAAAGUUGCGAGGAACAGAUCCAAGGAGAUCAGGAAGCACCGAACCCCACAUAUAAGGUUCAGACCUGUCAGCGUGGCAUCACUGGCUGCCAGGGAGGGACAACCUGGACCUAGGCCAGGACAGCCUCAGGGAGCUCACAGAGGCAGCUAG